CUGGCGACGAGUGUGUACAAAAAAAAAUACCCUUUCUAUUUAUUUCGUCAGUGCGAAAUAAUGGAUUAAUGGAGAAAACGGCAUCGUAAAAAAAAAAAAAGACUAACCAAUUAUGUGGGUUUUCAUCAAAUGAUCGAAGUUUUCAUGGGAUUUUGAUUGGCUGAAUGCUUUCCGGCAUCAUCCUGCAUAAAUUAAGGGAGAAGAUUGAAAGUCAUGGAGACCAGCAAAUGGAUCAAACAGUCAGCAUAUGGAUUCAAAGUUCCCGACUAGAAUGAAGAGGACAAUAUUCAAGCUUUAGAGAGAAGAUUGAAUGUCAUGGAGACUAGUAAGUGGAUUGCAACAGUUGCCAGCAUAUGGAUUCAGUGCACCAGCGGGGCAUCUUACACCUUCGGUAUUUACUCCCCUGUGCUCAAAUCCAGUCAGGGUUACGACCAAUCCACCCUCGAUUCCAUUGCCGUCUUCAAAGACAUCGGCGCCAACGUUGGCCUUCUCUCUGGCCUCUUAUAUGAUGCUGUCGCCGUCCGUCCUCGUUCUUCUGCUUCUUCUCCUUCUUCUUGGAUCAAUUCAUUUGGAGGUCCAUGGAUUGUGCACGUUGCCGGUGCGAUUCAGUGCUUUACGGGCUACUUCUCCAUGUGGCUUUCAGUGACCGGAAUCCUUCAUCGGCCACCGGUUCCACUCAUGUGCUUGUUCAUGUUCCUUGCAGCUCAUUCUCAGACCUUUUUCAACACUGCUAACGUCGUCACCGCCGUCCAGAACUUCCCUAAUUAUAGCGGCACCAUUGUUGGUAUCAUGAAGGGCUUUCUUGGUCUGAGUGGAGCUAUACUAAUUCAAGUAUAUGAGGCAAUGUACAAAGGCAAGGAGAGCUCUUUUAUUCUCAUGCUUGCACUGUUACCAACCAUCACUCCCCUCAUACUUGUGUGUUUUGUAGCAAUCCAUUAUACAAAUGGAGCAGAUGACAAGAAGAACUUGAAUGGUUUUUCACUUGUUGCUCUGAAUAUAGCUGCUUAUCUCAUGGUCAUGAUAAUCUUGGAAAAUAUCACAACUUUUGAAUUGUGGGCCCGUGUGCUAGCAUUUGUAGCACUCCUCUUGUUGCUUGCCUCCCCUUUUAUUAUUGCAAUUCGAGCUCAGUUGAGGGACAUGCCGAGGUCAUCACAGACAAUGGGCCUUGAGGGGUCUAGGCCAAUGGAUGAAACAGGUCUGCUAGAAGAAGAGAAGUAUCAUGAGAUGCCUAGUGAUACCGAUCAAGAGUCCUAUAUUCAUGACAAGAGAAUAAUGCCAGGGGGAGAAGGCUUGAACCUUUUGCAAGCCAUGUGUACAAUUAACUUCUGGAUAAUAUUCCUUGCAAUGGCAUGUGGUAUGGGCUCAGGACUGGCCACUGUGAAUAACAUCAGCCAAAUAGGAGGAUCUUUAGGUUACACAACUGUUGAGAGAAGUACCUUGGUUUCUCUGUGGAGCAUCUGGAACUUCCUUGGUCGUUUUGGAGCAGGGUACAUAUCUGACUAUUUCCUGCACUUGAGAGGUUUGGCAAGGCCACUUUUCAUGGCCAUCACUCUUGCAGCCAUGAGUAUUGGUCAUGCUAUUAUUGCAUCUGGGCUGCCUGGAGCGCUGUAUGCAGGAUCAAUCUUGGUGGGUGUAUGUUAUGGUUCACAAUGGUCAUUAAUGCCCACCAUCGCUUCUGAACUAUUUGGUGUACUGCACAUGGGUACAAUAUUCAACACCAUCUCCAUUGCAAGCCCAAUUGGAUCUUAUAUUCUCUCUGUGAGGGUUGUUGGGUACAUCUAUGACAAAGAAGCAUCCGGCAGUGGAAACACAUGCAGUGGAGCUCAUUGCUUCAUGUUAUCUUUUCUAAUCAUGGCAUCUGUUAGUCUAUUGGGUUUUCUUGUUGCCCUGGGAUUGUUCUUCCGGACAAGAAGGUUUUACAAGGAGGUAAUAUACAGAACAGUGCAAAAUUCUUCAAGUCAGUGAAGUUUUUUCAGAGUAAAGGAAAUAGUUUGCAAAACGACUAUCUCUUGCUGUUUACUUGUCAAUGAUAAAUAUUGGGCAUUUUUCAUCAUUUAUUUUCUUAAUUUCUUCUUGGCAAGGUUUUCUUCCUUCUUCCUCUUUCCUUGUUUCGACAUGAUUUUCUUUCAUUGUUUCUUGUUUGGUAGGUUCUUUUAUUACCUUAACAUGCUUUAAUGGAAAAACUUGAUUCAUUUAAUGUCACUAGAAUGUCCAGUCUGUCAUGUUUGAGAACAUUGUCAA